AUGACCGACGGCGACCCAGAAACUCAACCAUCCCAGUCUAACGACAAUGAACACACCCCCUUCCUCUCCUCCGACCGUCGCUAUCUCUCUUCCCUUCGCAACUCUUAUGAUCUAAUUGGCACAUACAUUCUCCAAAUCCACGGCGAAGAUUCCUUUGUCUGGCGCCUGCGCCACCAACUCCAACGCUUCCUCUCCAGUAAAUGGGGUCAUUACUUUGUGAUCCUGCUCGUGUCCGCGGACAUUUCCUGUAUUUUCGCGGAUUUCCUCAUCUCGUUACACAUCUGUGACCACAGCAGUGACAAGGACUUUAAUCGCAGGGCAUGGCAAAAGGCAGACGAUGUGUUAGAUUACGUCAGUCUGGCGUUCUCAUGCGUAUUCAUGCUUGAGUUGUUGUCAAGUGUAUUUGCAUUUGGAUUCAAUUACUUCCAGUCGAAAUUCCACAUCUUCGACGCCCUCGUGAUUGUCGCGGCAUUCAUCGUGGACGUGCUCCUGCGCGGACCUAUUGAAGAAGCCGGCUCACUCGUCGUGGUCGGUCGAUUGUGGCGCGUGUUUAAAAUCAUGGAGGAAUUCUCGUCGGGUGCCGAAGAUGAAUUGGCAGAGAUGCAGACACGGAUUGAUGAGUUGCAGCGCCAGAAAGAUAGAGUUGUCAAGCAGAAUCAAGAGCUGCGGUUAAGGCUUCAGUAUGUUCAUAGUAAUCAGGACGGGAAUGAAGCUGCUGGCGGAUGA